UUUCUUUCUCUCGUACGAACUGGGAAGUCCAAACUCAGCAAAUCCCUGAGACUCGUUCCCCUUCUCUGCCUAAACGGGAAAGAAUAAGGAAAACAAGCCCAGAGAUAAACAACAAGCAAAGCUUCAAAAGCAAGUCUGGAAGAAGAGAAGGGAUCUAGGAAACAGCGAACCUACAAUUUUUAAGACAGAACCAACGGCUAAAACAGGGUUUGGUUUCAGUAUCUCAUUGGUUCUAUGGCAGCCCCAAUUUUCAAAACUAUGGCUGAAACAGGGAUGGAGAUUGAGUUGGAGCCGAGGGUGAAACCCCUGCCCUACAAAAUCAAGGGCAUGUCUCGUGAAUCACCCUCUCAGAAGGCUGUUCACGUCCUUGAUCCUGACCUUCGCACACACUGGUCUACUGGAACCAAUACCAAGGAAUGGAUUCUUCUCGAGCUUGAUGAACCUUGCCUUCUUUCACAGAUUCGAAUUUAUAAUAAGUCUGUCCUUGAAUGGGAAAUUGCAGUUGGCUUGCGUUACAAGCCUGAGGCAUUCAUAAAGGUUCGUCCACGUUGUGAAGCCCCCCGGCGAGACAUGAUGUAUCCUAUGAACUACACCCCAUGCCGCUAUGUCCGAAUAUCGUGCUUGCGGGGGAAUCCAAUAGCUAUAUUUUUUAUUCAGCUGAUUGGAGUUUCUGUGACUGGCCUUGAACCGGAAUUUCAGCCAGUUGUUAGUCACAUGUUGCCACAUAUUAUCUCACACAAACAGGAUGCUAAUAAUAUGCAUCUUCAGUUGCUUCAAGAUGUGACAAAGAGGUUGCACACAUUUCUUCCCCAACUGGAGUCAGAAUUUGCCAGCUUUCCUGAAGCAGCAGAAACUAACUUGCGCUUUAUUGCGAUGCUUUCUGGGCCAUUUUAUCCAAUCCUACACAUUGUGAAUGAAAGGGAAACUGCGAGGGCUUCUGGCAACAUUUCUGACUUAGAUACCUUGAAGAACAGUCAGGCUUCAACAUUAACUGUUUCCUCCAAUUUUGAGGCCCAGCCCCGGAGAUCACGUAGUCCUUUGCCUUUUGUCCAGCCUGCAUCUUGUUCUGUAGUUUUUCGCCCUGAUGCAGUGUUUGUUUUGCUGAAGAAGGCAUAUAAAGAUUAUCAUCUGGGAACCGUCUGCCGUGUGGCCUGUAGAGUUCUGCAGAAGCUCAUAGGUCCCAUUGCAUUGGUAGAAGCCUCAACCCCAUCAAGUGAAUUGACAUCUUCAGUUUCUGAUGAGAUACUAAAAACUGAAGGAUCCAAGAGUGUUCUUUUAGUUGAUUACUCUAACUUGUUUGGAGAUGAAUUCAAGAUACCUGAUGAUAACUGGGACACCAAUUACCUUAAUCUGUUGGAUAUUGGGGCAGUGGAAGAAGGGAUUUUACAUGUUCUUUAUGCUUGUGCAUCACAGUCUCUGCUAUGUGCCAAGUUGGCUGAGAGUAGUUCCAAUUUGUGGUCUGCACUGCCUCUGGUGCAAGCACUUCUACCAGCUCUUCGCCCUCUGGUUAUCAGUACUCCAGAUCAAAUUGAUGAUAAUCUCUUGUACUGGAAACAGCCUUCUGUGCAGCACGCCUCUUCUCAGAUUGUGCUGACAUCAUCUUCAUCAGUGUAUCGCCCUCUUCUUCAUGCUUGUGCUGGCUAUUUAUCAUCAUUUUUACCAUCACAUGCAAAAUCCACUUGUGUUCUUAUUGAUCUUUGUUUGGGGCCACUGGCACCAUGGAUACCUACUGUCAUUGCAAAGGUUGACCUAGCAAUUGAACUUAUGGAGGACCUUCUGGGCACGAUUCAGGGUGCUCGUUUUUCUAUCACUUGUGCUCGAGCAGCUCUCAAAUAUGUCAUUUUGGCAUUAUCUGGCCAUAUGGAUGACAUAUUAGCAAAAUAUAAGGAAGUUAAACAUAAAGUUCUUUUUCUUGUGGAAAUGCUUGAACCUUUUCUUGAUCCUGCUAUUACUGCCAUGAAGAAUACAAUCGCUUUUGGGGAUGUGUCAGCCAUGUUUCUUGAGAAGCAGGAACAAACUUGUGCAAUUGCUCUCAAUGUAAUCCGUGCUUCAGUUAAUAAACAUGCUGUUCUUCCGUCAUUGGAAUCUGAAUGGCGGCGUGGGUCAGUUGCUCCAAGUGUACUUCUCUCGAUUUUGGGACCGCAUUUGCCAUUGCCACGUGAAAUUGACCUUUGCAAGUGCCCAGUUUCUAAACCUGUUGAGCAAGAAUCUUCUGCUGUUCCUUCUGUUUCAUCUGUCCCUCGUCAUGGGGUAACCUCUUUAAAAUCCAAUGGCCAUGAUGAAUUUGAUGGGAAGACUGACGUGAAUGAUGCAACUGCUGGGAUGGAUGCAUUUGAAGAUGUCAAUCUUUUAUUUGCUCCAACAGAAUUGAAAACUAUAACGUUGAGGAGUGUUUCUAAUAUUUUUGAUGGAAACAGCCCAGAUAAAAGCAGUUCAGAAUCUAUUCAUGCUGGUAACAUCACAGAAGGCAAACAACCUGCUGAAAAAAUUUUUAGUAAUCAGUUUCAAAGUGGCUUAACCCUUGAUGCUAGUUUUGCUAUUGAAUACCUUAACUUGGAGUCAGAUUGUUUGCAACUCUUGGACCAUCAAGAAUCUGAACUUAAAGCUUCAGAAUUUCAACGUUUGGCCUUGGACUUACACUCACAUCAUGAUAUUACUUUGGAGGGCCAUGAGGCUUCUAUUGAUGCUUUGCUUUUAGCUGCAGAGUGCUAUGUUAACCCUUUCUUUCUGACAGCUUCCAGUGGCAAGUUAAAGGUUACUGAAAGAAUGAAUGUUAGCAGAACCAAGAUUACUCAAAUACAUGGAACUGCAGAGCUGAAAAGAGUUUCUGAGAGGGAUAGUAGUGAGUUAGAAACCAUAUCUGAUCUUGAAAGAAAAAGGGACAAAAUUGUACUACAGAUACUCCUUGAAGCAGCUGAGUUAGACAAGGAGUAUCAGUUAAAGGUUUCAUCUGGGGAACUAUGUUUGUACAAUUCUGGACAAGAUGAACAGGGUCUAAAGUUGUCUCCACAAGAUCUUCAAUCUGCUGAUGCUGUCACGUUCGUUCGACAGAAUCAGGCACUGCUGUGCAACUUUCUGAUUCAACAAUUACAAAGAGAACACUCAAUGCAUGAGAUCCUUAUGCAAAGCCUGUUGUUCUUCUUGCAUUCAGCAACUGAAUUAUGCUGCCCUCCUGAAAAUGUGGUUGAUGUCAUAUUGGGAUCUGCUGAAUAUCUUAAUGGGCUGCUUACAUCUUUCUAUUAUAAGCUUAAAGAAGGCAAUCUACAGUUGGAUGCAGAGAAAAUAUAUGGAGUACAACGGCGUUGGAUGAUUCUUCAGAGAUUGGUAAUUGCAUCAAGUGGUGGUGGUGAAGGGAGAGAAUAUGGAAUAAAUUUCAACUGUGGAUUUCAGUACAGAAGCUUGAUUCCACCUUCAUCCUGGAUUCAGAGAAUACCUACGUUCUGUAAUUCUCCAUCCCCUCUUGUUCGGUUCCUCGGGUGGAUGGCAGUAUCUCGAUAUGCUAAGCAGUUUCUGAAGGAGCAGCUCUUUCUUGCCUCAGAUCUGGCACAAUUAACUAGUCUACUAUCUAUUUUCGCAGAUGAUCUAUCUUUGGUAGAUAAUAUAGUUGACAAGAAAAACCAAGAUUCUUUGGUCAAUAAAGGAUUGGAAUUUUCUGGGCAACCAUAUGGUGAUGGGUCUUUUCGCUUCAUUUACCCAGACCUGCAUAAUUUCUUCCCAACUAUGAAAAAGCAAUUUGAAGCUUUUGGGGAGAUUAUUUUGGAGGCUGUUGGCCUUCAGUUAAAGUUGCUUCCCUCAAGUGGUGUCCCAGAUAUGCUUUGUUGGUUUUCAGAUUUAUGUUUAUGGCCAUUUUUAGGAGAAAAGGACGGCCAUUCUACACAAAACUAUUCUGAACCUUUGAAAGGUUAUGCUGCUAAGAAUGCCAAGGCAAUCAUCCUAUACAUACUUGAAGCCGUUGUACUUGAGCAUAUGGAAGCAAUGGUGCCUGAAUUACCUAGGGUGGUGCAAGUGAUGGCAUCUCUAUGUAGAUCCUCAUAUUGUGAUGUUUCUUUUCUCGAUUCCAUUUUGCUAUUGUUGAAGCCCCUUAUCUCCUAUGCUCUUGGGAAGGUUUCUAAUGAUGAGAAACUGCUAACAGAUGAGUCCUCUUGCCUUAACUUUGAAUCGUUAUGUUUUGAUGAACUUUUUACUCAUAUCAAGCAGAGAAGUGAGUAUCAGGACAGCUCUAUGGAAAAAGUGUCAUAUAAUUGUGCUCUUACAAUUUUUAUACUAGGCACCGUGUUUCCUGAUUUAUCCUUUCAACACCAGAGAGAAGUCUUGCAGUCCUUGGCAUUGUGGGCUGAUUUUGCCAGUUUUGAACCAACAACUGCUUUCUAUAACUACCUAUGUGCAUUUCAAAUUGUUAUGCAAAGUUGUCAGCUUAAAUUAGUGAAGACAUUAGGUGUGUUUGGUUUGCUCAGUACAUUUCAGAAACACUAUGUUUCUGGCAUGGAUUCUAUUGCAAUCCAGGAAGAUAAGCAAGAUUUUUAUUCAGUUCUUGAUGGAUCUUUGCAAAGUUCUCUUUCAAUGAAGAUUUCUGAGAACUUCGAAGGUACCAAGGAUGAUGCUGCGCUCUCAAAUCAAAAGGUUUGUGCUUUAUCUGCAGAAGAAGUAGAAGAAUUUUCAGAAUGCUUGGAAGGUCUCAUCUCCAAGCUUUAUCCCACGAUUGAGCUGUGUUGGAAGCUUCAUCAUCAACUUUCCAAAAAGCUGACUGUUACAUCAGCAGAAUGUUUCUUGUACUCAAGAUGUUUAUUUUCAAUUGUGCAAAAAUCUCCCUUUGAUGGAGAUGUUAGUGAAAAACCUAUUCAGCACGACUCAAAUGAUCAGUUUACAAUUAAUUGGAGAUCUGGUCUUGAAGGGUUUGCUGGCGCUGUUGUAAGCCUUCAAGAAAACCAAUGCUGGCAAGUUGCAUCUGUCAUGCUUGAUUAUCUGCUUGGAUUACCUCAUUGUUUUUGCCUGGAUAAUGUCAUUGGUACUGUAUGCUUUGCAAUAAAGCAUUUCUGUUGUAAUGCCCCAAAACUUUCUUGGCGGCUCCAGACUGAUAAAUGGUUGUCACUCUUAUUCAAAAGGGGCAUUGGUAUUCAAGAGGAUAAGUUUCCAUUGGUUGACAUGUUCUGUACAAUGCUCAGUCAUCCAGAACCCGAACAGAGAUCUAUUGCUCUGCAGACUCUGCGAAGACUUGUUGGCAGCAAUGGGAAUGCUGGAGUAGCAAAGUUUCCAUCUACACUUCGAGAUGAAAUCACUGCAUCUGACUUGGGUUUUUCUGUUUCUGAGAUGAUCCUUUCUCAUCUGGUUUCCACAACAUGGGAUAGGGUGGCUACACUAGCAUAUUCUGAUCAAUCAAUGCUUUUGAGAGCUCAUGCAAUGGCCCUUUUAGUGGACUAUAUCCCAUUUAUUGAUCACAUCCAGAUGCAAUCUUUUCUUGGUGCUGCAGAUAGUGUUCUUUGUGGUUUGGGGAAACUUGCAUACCCAAUUUUUGAGGGUCCUCUAGCCCUACUUUCAAUAACCCUACUUGCAAAGGCAUGCCUGUAUUGCCCAGUGGAGGAUAUUGCUUUGAUACCUCAAAGUGUUUGGAAAAACAUUGAGGCCUUUGGAAUGUCAAAAGCUGGAGGAAGGCUUGAUGAGUUCGAGAAGAUCUGCCAAGCUUUGUGUAAACUUAAGAUGGAAGGUGAUGAUGCAAAAGAGAUCCUGAAAGAAGUUCUCUCUUCAAAUUCCAUGACAAAACAAUGUAACCCAGACUUCGGAAGUACCCGUGAAUCAAUUCUUCAGGUGCUUGCGGAUCUGACUUAUGUCCGGUCGUACUUUGAUAUCUUCUCAAAGCGAAUUGAUCAAGAGGAUAUCGAACUGGAAGAGGCUGAAAUAGAAAUGGACCUCCUUCAGAAAGAACAAGCAUUGCAGGAGUUAUCUGGAGAUUUUAAAGAAGAUGCACAUCACUCUCCCAUUUCACCCAUUCAUACAAAGGAUGGUAACCGCCUUCAGCAAAUAAAAGAUCAAAUUCGCUCCCUAGAGAAAUCUAGGCUCAGGGAGGAAAUCGUGGCUCGUAGGCAAAAGAAACUUCUUGUAAGACAUGCCCGUCAAAAGUAUUUGGAAGAAGCUGCUUUACGGGAAGCAGAGCUUUUGCAAGAACUUGAUAGGGAGAGAACAAGUGAAGUGGAGCAUGAGAUUGAAAGACUGCGGUUGCUGGAGAUUGAGCGUGCAAGAACACGAGAGUUGCGCCAUAAUCUUGAUUUGGAAAAGGAAAGGCAAACACAGAGAGAGCUUCAGCGAGAACUGGAGCAAGCUGAGUCUGGAGUGCGACCUUCAAGACGGGACUUUUCAUCCUCUGUGCCCAGUAGUCGGCCUAGGGAAAGGUACCGUGAAAGAGAAAAUGGUAGAUCAGGGAAUGAAGGCAGCUUAAGGCCAGGGAGCAGUGGCCGCGAGGGUGGUGCUAUGCAGCCUGCAACUUCCAACAUGAGUUCAAGUAUGACAACUGGAAUGGCUUCAUCUAUGCCAACUGUUGUUCUGGCUGGGUCUCGCCAAUUUUCUGGUCAGCUGCCAACAAUUCUACAGUCAAGAGACCGUCAGGAUGAGCGUGGCAACAAUUAUGAUGAUAACUUCGAUGGAAGUAAGGACUCAGGUGAUACAGGUAGUGUUGGUGAAUCAGACUUAGCAUCGGCCUUCGAUGGACAGACUGGCGGGUAUAGUUCUUCCCAAAGGCAUGGGUCUCGAGGUAGUAAAUCAAGGCAGAUUGUUGAGCGAAGAGAGCGAGAUGGCAGACGUGAAGGGAAAUGGGAGAGGAAGCAUCUGUAAAUCAUAGUUAGCAAAUCUGAGCAGAUUUUCUGACCUAAUUGAAUGUUUUGUGAGGAGAAAUGCCGGACA